GAUCGAUACGUCGAUACAUUUUUCACAACAACCCUGAUGCCUGAAAAAACAAGCAGCCACGCUAGAGGAAAAAGUUGUGGAAAAUUUAUGAAAAUUGAACUUUACUAAACGCUAAAACCUCAAAAGAAGUUUACGCCGAGCGGGAGACUUUUUUCACGCAGCACCCCGCAGCCAGCAGCGGAAGGAGCAGAAAGCCGAGGAAAUUGAACAUGGCCGAGGACUUUGACGUGGAGGCGAUGCUCGAGGCGCCGUACCAGAAGAAUAAUGUCAGUGCGGGCAGCGGGGGACGUGGUGGACGCAAGCGCAGCGGCAGCAGUCCCGGCGGUGGAGGCCAUGACGACGACCAUCCCGAGAAUGGAACACGCAAUGGCAGCGGCGGUGGAAGCUCAAACAAAAAACAAAGCAAGCGAUCCCGGAGUCGAAGCGGCUCGCGUGAUGGCAAGUCUCGUCGUGAUCGCGGCGACCGCGGCAGUGAACGAAGCAGUCACCGGGAUAAGGACAAGGACAAAGACAAAGACCGCGAUCGAAACCGCGACAAUAAAUCCCGCAGCGACAGGGACCGAGAGAGGGAGCGGGAUCGUGAACGUGACAGACCUCGACGGAGUCGAUCACGGGAUGAGCGUGGAGGUGGUGGCGGUGAUGAUCGCCGCAUGCGUUACGGCGAUCGGGAUAGGGAUCGCCCUGCAAGAGAUCGUCGUGGGGGCAGCAAGAGCCAGCAGCGGGACCGGUCACGGGAGAGACGGCGACGCAGUCGGUCUCGCGAUCAGCAGCGCAAAAGGCUAAGUCCUAUACGUGAACGCAAACGCAGUCAUUCCCGUUCAAAGGAUAGAAACAGCCGUCGGCGAGGCAGUAACUCCCCUCGCCGCCGCUCGCCGCCAAACGGAGCUGGUGACCGGACCCCGCCUACCGAGCUCAGUCCCGAGGAGCGUGACGCCCGCACUGUCUUCUGCAUUCAGCUGUCGCAACGGGUUCGCGCACGGGACUUGGAAGAGUUCUUCUCGAGCGUCGGAAAAGUGCGUGACGUUCGCCUGAUCACAUGCAACAAGACGAAACGUUUCAAGGGCAUUGCCUACAUCGAAUUCGAGGAUCCCGAGUCCGUGGCCCUGGCCCUGGGUUUGUCCGGCCAGCGGCUGCUCGGCGUGCCCAUUAUGGUGCAACACACGCAGGCGGAGAAGAAUCGACUCCAGAAUGCGGCACCGGCAUUCCAGCCGAAGAGUCAUACGGGUCCCAUGCGCCUCUACGUGGGAUCAUUGCACUUCAACAUCACCGAGGACAUGCUGAGGGGCAUAUUCGAGCCGUUCGGCAAGAUUGAUGCGAUUCAACUGAUCAUGGACACGGAGACAGGCCGGUCCAAGGGAUACGGCUUUAUAACGUACCACAACGCUGACGAUGCCAAAAAGGCUUUGGAACAACUGAACGGCUUCGAGCUGGCAGGCCGCCUCAUGAAGGUAGGCAACGUGACGGAGCGCCUUGACAUGAACACAACAUCGCUGGACACGGACGAGAUGGAUCGCACUGGCAUUGAUCUGGGCGCUACUGGACGCCUACAGCUGAUGUUCAAGCUAGCAGAGGGAGCCGGCCUGGCGGUGCCCCAAGCGGCGGCCAAUGCGCUGCUGGCCACAGCUCCGCAGCCAGCACCGGUGCAGCAGCAGCAGGCAGCACCCUCGAUUGCCACACAGUGCUUCAUAUUGUCCAAUAUGUUUGAUCCGCGAACGGAAACCAAUCCCACCUGGGACGUGGAGAUACGAGACGAUGUGCUGGAGGAGUGCGCCAAGCACGGCGGUGUGCUGCAUAUCCACGUGGACACCACCUCCCCCACGGGCACCGUCUACGUAAAGUGUCCAAGCACAACGACGGCGGUGCUGGCAGUGAACGCGCUGCACGGACGCUGGUUUGCCGGACGUGUGAUCACGGCGGCGUAUGUGCCCCUGAUUAACUACCACUCCAUGUUUCCGGACUCCAUCAGCGCCGUCAAUCUGGUUGCAUCCACCCGCAAGAAUACCGACGAUUGAGGAUGCGGAGGGAGGACAGGACCUAUUACGGAUGUGCAGGGGGGAAAUUUGUUAAUAUUCGUUACGCAAAUCAUUUUUGGCCAGAACUUUUUAAAUUUUUUUCAAAGACUUUCGACGCAAGCUGAAACCAGGGGCACAUAUUCAAAUACAAUUACUAAAUACACUUAUAAAUAUAUAUGAAAUUAUAUAAAUUAGGCAUUCCUAACCCGCCAAACCGCUCUAAUUUGGGAUUUCAACUUUGAAACUAAUUUAAAUGUAAUCUGAAAUGCUGCUCUGAUCUUUCCAGAUCGAAAAUAACUUAGUUCUAAAUUGUAAUUUGCUAGUUUGACCGCCAAAAACAAGUUGAGGGCACAGACACCGAUGGACGAUAGGUGGUAAUCUGGGGCGGGCCGGAAAAUAAUUUUCAUUUUUUUCAAUAUUAAAAGCCUAUUUGUUAAGCCCAGCCUAGCCUAGUUUUACUAUACAAAUAUUUGUAGAAAAGACUAUCGAAUCAAAAAUAAAACAAAAAAGACAACGA